AUGGCUGCCGAGAUGCCAACCUGCAGGUGGGGAAUAGUAUCCACCGGCCUCAUAUCUUCUUGGUUCGUCGAAGAUUUGGUUCUCGACCGACCAGAUGCCAAAGCGAGACACGUCAUCCAAUGCAUCGGAUCCUCGUCGAUGCAAAAGGGCAAAGACUUUGCCGCAAAACAUUGCCCAAACGCAACCCCGACCAUCUAUGCUUCGUAUGACGAGGUCUACUCCGAUCCGGACGUAGAUUGCGUCUAUAUCGGGACACCGCACUCAUUUCACAAGGGCAACUGUCUCGAUGCCAUUGCCGCGGGUAAGAAUGUCCUGUGCGAGAAGUCGUUCACCAUCAACGCCCGUGAAGCGCGAGAGGUGCUUGAUGCCGCCAAGAAGAAAGGCGUCUACGUCCACGAGGCAAUGUGGCUACGGCACCGACCUCUGGUGGCCGAAUUGAGGAAGCUACUCUUUGAAGAGCAAGUCAUCGGGGAUGUCUUUCGCAUGUCCUCUGACUUCAGCCUGCUGGUUCACAUCCCUAGCUUGCCAGACACCUCACGGUAUAAAGACCCCAAGCUUGGUGCCGGAACGCUGCUAGAUACGGGCAUCUACCCUCUAACAUGGGCCUUCCUGGCGCUGGAUCCCACCACCCCCGAAAACUCUGAGAGACCGACGAUCCUUGCAACGCAAAGCCAUCUGCAUGGAGUUGAAGUCACUUCGAGCAUUCUAGUACAGUAUCCGUCGACGGCAAGGCAGGGCAUCGUCAGUUCCACCACCAUGUCAGGUGGGAUCGGCGGCGAUGUGGUUUGCCGUAUCCAAGGCACAGACGGGUACAUCGACGUGCAUGGCGCGGCACCAUCGCACCCUUUGUCCUUUACAGUCUAUCGACGGAAAGAGGACACCAAGAAUGACUUUGAAAGCAAGCACUACGACUAUCCCCGGGUCGGCCGCGGGUUCUUCUAUGAGGCCGACAACACCGCCCUCGAUAUCGCCGCGGGCCGCAAAGAGAGUGCCAUCAUGCCUUGGAAGGAGACGAUCCGGGUGAUGGAGAUUAUGGACGAGAUCAGAAAGCAAGGAGGAACAAAGUACCCGCAGGAUGAAGUGUUGUGA